CUGCUGCUGCUGCUGCUCCAGGUCCCGCCGGGGCGCCUCUCCGUCUCCGCGCACCGCGGCCACCCGGCGCGCUACUCCGGCCACAUCGCGGAGAACUCUCCGGCCGGGACCCCGGUGGUCGGGGUGAGGGUUCCGAUCGCACCCGCGGGCUGUGCCGGCCUCAAUGCCAGCCUCAAAGGGGAUUACGCGUCUGACUUUAGACUCAUCCAUCGGCCCGGACCCCGGAGCAACUCCCGGGGCCACCUGGGCUUGGUCUCCGCCAAAGCUCUGGACAGAGAGUUCAUAGCCAUGUACGAGCUGCUGCUGGAGCUGGAGCUGCCGCCGCGCUGUCACAGGAGACCGGCCGUCGUUCAGGUCGAGGUGUCGGACAGGAACGACAACAUACCCCGGUUCACCAGCGGAAACAAGACGGUCGAAGUAGACGAGUUGACGCUUCUCGGAACCGAGCUGGCUCGCUUUGACGCGAAGGACGGAGACGCGGAGAGGAACGGACGCGUGACUUUUUACGCAUGGCCAGAGUCUGAUGUUUUGCACGUGGUUCCGCAAACGGGCCAGGUGAGGCUCGUCGGGUCUCUGCUGGGGAUCAGUCAGGCGACUCUGCGCGUGUGCGUGAAGGACGGCGGGGAUGUGAGUCUGACGGGAGAGCCGGUGUUCCUGCGCGUCAGCGUCCGUGCGUCCGGCGGAGCGCGCCGGAGGCCCCGCGCCCUGACCGAGGACGUCACCUACACGGUGACCGUCCCCGACCGCGUCCGAGUCGGGGACCUGGUGUUCACGGUGCCGGACCUCAGGUUCGACCGGCGCUGGUUCGAGGUGAUAUCCGAGGCGGACUCCGCCGUGGUGCAGGUGGAGAGGGAGUCGGGGCGCCUGUACUUGGCGCGCAGCCUGCGGGAGCCGGCAGAGGUGGUGGUGAAGAUCCAGAGCCUCACAGGUGAUGAGUGGUACCUGUGCAGGUUGGCUCUGAGCAUGCCCAGUCAGGCUGACCUGCAGUGGGCGAUGUUUCCCUCACCUUACCUGGCCACUGUGGGCCCUGACGCCAGUCCCAGCUCCGUAGUCUACAGACUAUCGGCACGGCAACGAGAUGGGAUAAUGGGACAAGUCCAGUUCUUACUACUGGAUGGUGCUGAGGAGUGUUUCGAAGUGGACCGUCGAAGCGGUGUGAUCAGGACAACAGGACGACCGCUAACACCCAGCAAAGAGUACCUGCUGCAGGUGCAGGCGGUGGACGGACGAGGCCGGAAAAGUCCGCCAGCCACCGUAGCCGUCCUCGCCGGGUACCGACCGCCACAGUUCACCAACUCCACCUACAGCCUGAACGUGCCUGAGAACGCUCCUGCUGGCCAACCUGUCGCUGUGGUCCAAGCCGUCUCCUUCCAGAAGAAGACUUUAUCGUACAUGCUCCAGGUGAAUCCUGGAAAUCUCUUCAGCAUCAAUCAGGAAAGCGGCGCGCUCAGCCUGACCAGGACCGUAGACUACGAGAGCGGUCAUAACCUCCACACGCUGCAGGUCCGAGCCUCCGAACCCGACACCGGCCUCAGCAGCGCGGCAGAGGUUGUUGUACAUGUAAUGGAUGAGAACGACUGCACACCUGAGUUCCUGCACUCCAUUUACACCAGAGACAACAUACCUGAGAGUGUAGCAGCUGGAACGUCCCUGCUGCAAGUUCUGGCUCGUGACUGUGACUCAGGAGUCAACUCAGAGCUCUCUUACUUCGUACCAAGUGAUGAUUUUGACAUCACAUCUGGAGGUGUGGUCAGCCCCGCCCAUCGCCUGGACUACGAACGACCUAAUCACAUCUACGAGUUUGUGGUCGUCGCCGUGGAUGCGGGGACGCCCCCUCGCACCGGGACAGCCUCUGUCCGCAUCCGGGUCGCCAAUAGCAACGAUGAGGCGCCCGUCUUCUCCCAGAGCAUAUAUAAGACCUUCCUCAGUGAGGAUGCUGGUCCUGACACGCUGGUCGCCAUCGUUCAUGCCAACGACCCAGAUGGCGACGGGGUCUCCUACGCCAUCACCGGCGGCAACGAGGACAGCAACUUCCAGCUGGACAACCAGAAGGGCAUCAUUAAGCUGCGGCGGAGUCCACCUCCGAGGUUGAGGGGCCCACAGUACGUCCUCAACAUCACGGCCACGGAUGAUAAUGCAUCCGGUGGGCCGUACCCGCUCAGCAGCUCUGCUCAAGUCAUCGUUGGGAUCAACGACAUCAACAACAACAAGCCGGUGUUCGAGGAGUGUCAAAACUACGGCCAGAAUGCGGCGGUGCUGGAGAACCAGCCACCGGGAACAUUUGUUCAGCGCGUGCAGGCUCACGACGCUGACAUGGGGGUCAACGGCGAGGUCAAAUAUGGCAUCAUGCACAGAGACGGCGUGUCGUCUGGGUUUAACAUCGAUCCUGACACUGGCGUGAUCACGACCACGGUGAGCUUCGACCGCGAGCGUCAGAGGGAGUUCACACUGUCCGUGACGGCCACCGAUCAGGCCGAGGAGCCGCUCAUCGGAAUCUGUCAGAUCACGGUGGUGAUCUUAGAUCAGAACGACAACGGCCCCAAGUUUGAAAACAGCCGCUACCAGUACUUCCUGAGGGAGGACACCCCAGUUGGGACCAGUUUCCUGCGAGCGGCGGCCCAUGACGACGACCAGGGAAGCAACGCGGCCAUCACUUACUCGCUGUCCAACCAAAAUCCAGCUUACCUGCACAUCAACCCCAGCACAGGCUGGGUUUAUGUCAACCAUCCCAUCUCACAGACAUCCAGGAUCAACCAGCAGAUCGUGGCAUCUGACGGGGGGAACCGCAGCAGCUCUGUGGAACUGACCGUCAUCAUCACCAACGUCCACAACCAGCCGCCGCAGUGGGAGCAGCCUGAGUACUGGGUCACUGUGCCGGAAAACACAGUGCGAGAUGCCAAGAUAGUGACUGUCAAGGCCACAUCUCCCCUUGGUGACCCGCGGGUGACCUACAACCUGGAGGAAGGUCAGGUACCUGAGACCAACAUGCCAGUGCGCUUCUACAUCAAACCAAACCGGGCAGAUGGUUCAGCAUCAAUCCUGGUAGCUGAGAACCUUGACUAUGAGACAACGCGCUUCUUCACACUGAGAGUUCGAGUGCAGAACGUUGCCGCUGUGCCACUCGCAUCCUUCACCACCGUGUACGUCAACGUCACAGACGUCAACGACAAUGUUCCUUUCUUCCUGUCAUCCACUUACGAGGCCACGGUUCCUGAAGGAGCGCAGAUCGGCACGUCGGUGGUGCAGGUGUCGGCCACAGACCUGGACUCUGGUCCGCACGGGAUGAUCCACUAUGUGAUCCUGAAGGAUGCGAGCGGGGAUUCUCAGUUCUUCAGCAUCGACUCGCACAGCGGCGUCAUCUUCACUCGCGCCUCAUUUGACCGCGAGCAGAAAGCGUCCUACCUGAUCGAGGUGCAGUCGCAGGACGGCUCAGAGUCAGCCCGACAGGGCCAGCAAGGCCAGCCGAACACAGACACGGCCUACAUCAGGAUCUUCAUCACUGACGUCAACGACAACGCCCCGGCAUUCGCCCAGCCGGUGUACGAGGUGAGCGUGGAGGAGGACAAGGAGGUUGGGUUCGUCCUCAUCACCGUCACGGCCAACGACGAGGAUGAAGGUGCCAAUGCAAAGCUGCGCUACCAGAUCACCUCAGGAAACACCAUGGGAACCUUUGACGUGGAGCCCGAGGUGGGCACCGUCUUCGUGGCUCAGCCACUCGACUACGAGAUGGUUCAGCGCUACGAGCUGCGGCUGGUGGCUUCUGACGGGAAGUGGGAGAACGAGACGCUGGUGGUGGUUCAGGUGGUCAACCGCAACGAUGAGGCGCCCGUUUUCAGCCAGACCGAGUAUCACGCCACGGUGACGGAGGAGCUCACCCUGCUCCCUGUGUUCAUCCUGGAGGUGUCCGCCACCGAUCCAGACCAGGAGGCCGACCAAAACGCCCUCCGCUACUCCCUCCACGGCCAGGGUGCCGGUGGCGAGUUCACCAUCGACGAACGCACCGGGACCAUAUACGCCCAGCGUCGCUUGGACCGCGAGGAACGGCCCGCCUGGAGAUUCCUCGUCCUCGCCACCGAUGAAGCGGGGGCUGGGCUCACGGGAUUCGCCGAUGUGUUGUUAGAAGUCACAGACAUCAACGAUAACGUCCCCUUCUUCCCCUGCCCAGCUCUGGAAGUAGACGGAUGCUUUGUCGGGCAUGUACCCGAAAAUUCCCCCGCAGACACUUCCAUCAUGGAGAUGCGGGCGAUGGACCUGGACGACCCCAACGAGGGCAGGAACGCCAUGCUCACCUACAGCAUCAUCAAGAACAUUCGCAAUGAGAUCAACCUCAACUUGUUCGCCAUCAACUCAACCACGGGGACGAUCUACACCGUUCUACGUUCUUUGGACCGGGAGACGGAAGGCCGGUAUCUGGUGGUGGUGGAGGCUCGUGACGGAGGCGGCUUGUCAGGAACCGGGACAGCCACCAUCCUAGUCUCAGACGUUAAUGACCACCCACCCGUUUUCACUCAGAGGGUCUACUCCACUCAGGUGACUGAAGACCUCGAGGUGAACAGUGAAGUUCUUGUAGUUUCCGCCACUGAUGGAGACCAGGGGGAGAACGCUGCUGUAACCUUCAGCAUCGUCGGCGGAGACGAGGACAGGAAGUUCUUUGUGGAGACGGACAAGCUGAAUAGACGUGGCGUGAUAAAACUCAAGAAGAAGGUCGACUUUGAGAAACCACAAGAGAGAUCUUUCAAUCUGACCUUGAAGGCUGAGGAUGCAGAUUUCUUCAGUCUGGCCUACUGUCUGGUUCAGGUGGAGGACUCCAACGACCACGCUCCCGUCUUCCUCCCACAGUUCUACGAGUCGCCCGCCAUGUCAGAAGAUGUCCCUGUGGGGACAAUUGUCGCUCAGGUCACCGCGUCCGACCUGGACUCGGGGCAAAACGGACGCUUUUCGUACAGCAUCUCCAGAGAGUCCGACCCGUACGGUCAGUUCCUGGUGGACCAGUCGGGUUGGGUGGUGGUGGCCGAUUCUCUGGACAGGGAGAAAAUCUCUCAGCACAGGAUCAUGGUCCUCGCUACUGAUGCCGGUACUCCACCUCUGACUGGCACCGCCAUCGUCAUGGUGACCGUGCUCGACAUCAACGACAACGGGCCGGAAUUUGAAGCUCCCUAUAAGCCCGUGGUGUGGGAGAACACCCCAGCAACCCAGGCGGUACGAAUGAAUGAAACGUCCCUGCUCCUUCACGCCACUGACUGCGACACGGCCUCUAACGGAGGCCCGUUCUCCAUCCGGCUCCUCAUGCUCACCUCGGACGCCACCAACUUCAACCUGACAGACUUCAGGAAUGGAAGCGCGGCCAUCACCACCCUACGCACCUUCGACCGCGAGCGCCAGAAGGAGUACCGCCUCCCAAUUCUCAUGAUUGACAGCGGCUCUCCUCCUAUGAGCUCAACCAGCACGCUGACUGUUGUCAUCGGCGACAGGAAUGACCACCCACACUUACCUGGACACACCCACUUUAUUGUCUACAGUUAUGAAGGUAUUCUCCCGACGACUGUGCUCGGUCAAAUACAGUCCCCUGACCUUGAUGACUGGAGUGAGAAAGUGUACCGGUUCGAAGGCAAAUCAACCAGGUUGUUCGGUCUGGACCAGAGAUCCGGUCAGCUCAGUAUCAGAGAGGGAGCUCCUCCGGGCUCGUACCUCCUGCGGGUGCGUGUGUCAGACCGCACCUGGCCCGACGUCACGUCUGCCGCUCAGGUGGACGUGACAGAGCUGCAUCAAGACGCCUUGCAGCGAGCCGCCUCCAUCCGCCUGACCAAUCUUACAGUGGAGGAGUUUUUCACGAGCAGCGGUGGUGGCGACCAGAGUCGGUUCCACCGUCUGGGACGGGCAUUGUCUGAAAUCCUGCAGAUUUUGCCGAAGAACGUUCAGAUCUUCUCUGUAGCGAACUCCAGCCAGCCGGGCGAGAAGGCGCUCAACGUUUGGUUCGCUGCUCACGGCUCGCCGUACUACAAGGCAGAGAAACUGCAUGGCUACGUGGCAGCAAACAAAGCCAAGCUGGAGGCCGCGUUGGGGGUGUCGGUCUCUCAGGUGGGUGUAGACGACUGUCCCUACACCGAGUGCUCCCAGUCUGGAGGCUGCAGCAACGAGGUUUCGUUCGGUCAGACCCCCGUGGCUCUCAGCUCCGGUAACGUCUCUCUGGUGUCGCUCUCGGCCUCUUCCACUGCGCGGUGCGGCUGCAGGGGCCGAGAGCUGGUGCACCUGCCCUGCUCCGCGCACUUCUUCAACCCCUGCCUCAAUGGGGGCACCUGCCAGGACGGACCGCUGGGAUACCGAUGCAAGUGUCCUCCCAUGUUCGACGGUCCGGAGUGCCAGCAAACCAAACACAGCUUCGGUGGGCAGGGAUACGCCUGGUUCCCUCCCAUCAAGCCUUGCUUCCAGAGCCACAUCUCCUUGGAGUUCCUGGCCGAGUCGGCCAACGGGCUGCUGUUUUACAACGGGCCGCUCGGCCUCGUCCUCCCCGGGGAGCAGGAGGACUUCAUCGCCGUAGAGUUGAGGAACGGGAUUCCGACGCUGAGCGUAAACCACGGAUCGGGAACGCUGACCCUUCAGCUCCCGCCCAAAUCCACCAUCAACGACCGGGGAUGGCAUCGCCUCGACAUCUUCAGCGAUGGAAAGGUUGUGCAGCUGGUGCUGGACCAGUGUGGAGGCGUGGCGGUUAAUGAGCUGGAGGGAAUUGGAGGCCAAGCCUGGGAGAUGGAUGAAUCCGGCUGCAGGGCUAGAGGAGAGACGCCCGGGAACCAGCGCUAUCUAAAUGUGUUCCAGCCGCUUCAGUUGGGGGGAGUGAAGGAAAUGUCUCCUUACAGACGUUACAGAAGUUUCACCGGCUGCAUCCGAAACCUGGUGGUUGACAGUCAGGUGUACGACCUAGCAGCUCCUGGGGAGAGUGUGGACAGCGCUCCGGGCUGCAGGCUGACAGACGGGGUGUGUGUAACGGCAGCUGGUCCCUCUUGUGGUGUUCACGCCUCCUGUCUCGCUGACUGGGGCUCCUUCAGCUGCGAAUGCCACCCAGGAUACUCCGGACACAAGUGUGACAAGGCCCUCCCGGAGUUCUCCUUGGACUCGAAUAGCGUGGUGCGUUUUCAGCUCAGAGGAGGUGGCAGCUCUCGACGUACCAGCAUCCAGAUGCUCCUCCGAACACGAGCCACUUCAGGCACCCUGCUCUCUGCUGCGUCCCGGGAAGCCAACGAGUACAUUGUCCUGGAGGUCAUCGAAGGCCACAUCUCAGUGCGUGCCAACCUGGGUGACGGCGCGCACGCGCUGCGCCUGCCCAACCACCGAGUGGACAUCGGGCAGUGGGUUCUGGUCAGCCUCAGUCGCUAUGACAACACGUUCACCCUGCGACUGGAGCAGGGCGGCGGCUCGCGGGAGGUCCGGGCUCGGCUGGGGAGCCGCAAGGAGAUUGUGGUUCAUCCGGCCAGCGUAACGGUUGGCAACGGGCCAAAGGCCGGAGACAAGACCGACUUCACGGGCUGUCUGCGGGACGUCCGGUUCAACGGUCAGGCCCUCCCUCUGGAUGGGCAGAGCCGGGACUUGGUGACGGUGCUGGAGAGGCGAGGGGUCAGCUCCGGUUGCUCCAGCAGCGCCUGCAGCGGUCAGCCCUGCCGCAGCCCGCUGCGCUGCAUCGACCUGUGGCGGAAGCACCAGUGCAAGUGUCCCGGCGCUCAGGUGACGGUGACGGACGACUCCGGGGAGCAGCGCUGCGUGCCGUCGCCCUGCGGACCGUCCUCCUGCCGUAACGGCGGCACCUGCCAGGCGCUGUCCCCCGACAGCUACCGGUGCCGGUGUCAGGAGGGAUUCAGGGGUCAGCACUGCGAACUGGGGCAGGUCAAAGGUCAGCGGCUGGCCGCCCUCAGUCCCAGCUCCAUCCUGGCCAUCAGCAUGUGUCUGCUCUUCUUCAUCGUGGUGCUGGUGGCCGUGACGGUUUGGAACCAGAAAGGCAGCCGGAACAAGUUCAGGAAACGGGGAGUGUACCACAUCCCUGCUGAACACGAGAGCUGGGAGGACAUCCGCGAAAACAUCCUCAACUACAACGAGGAGGGAGGAGGAGAGCAAGACCAGAACGGCUAUGACAUCACAGAACUGAAGCGUCCGCUGUGCUCCAGUUUGUCUCAGUCGUCCUCCUGCACCACCGCCCCGCUCAUCAAAUCCUCGCCGGGCUCCCAGGAAGAGGUUCACCCGUCCAGCUCCUCCUGCAGCUCGGGCGCUCCCUACCUCAGCAUCUCGCAGCACCAUCACCACCACCACCAGCACGCCGCCGCCGACGCCAGCUACCACAACUACAGCGCUCACGCAGGCAGAGAAGUGGAGACGAGCGACGCCGGCAGCUACGCCGACGCCCCGUCCGGGUCGCGCUCCCACGGGGACUUCAAAAGCUACGUGGCGCGAAUCAUCUGGGAGGCGGACAACGACGGCGAGGCCCUCCCGCCGGACUCCUACCACGUGUGGUGCGUGGAAGGCUCCGGGUCGGCAGCGGGCAGCCUCAGCUCCCUCGGGUCUGCCGUCUCCCGCAGGAGGAUUUCCACAGGCGACAAGGAGGAGCAGGAGGAAGAUGACGAGCGGGGUUUUGUGAACGACAGGUUGUCGCGCUGGGGACCCAAGUUUCAGACACUGAGUGACAUGUACGACCGGCCCCAGCUGGGCCUCACGUACAGAGACACGAUAGCCUACAUGCAGAGGAACCACAGCCAUGACCCCCUGCCUCAGCACCAAUAGGGAGCGCUGCACGACCACAAACACACACUCAAACUCCAUGUGCAUGAGAGGGAGCUCGGUGCUGCGUUCACUGCACAUCUGAGGAAAAAAGAAGGGAAAAAGGCUGAUAAUCCUCAAUAUUGUUAUUAUCAAUGAAUGUUAAUAGUAAGAAGAGAACGUAUCCUCUGACUGAUAAUUCUGCAAAGUAACUGCAGUAAUACUCACUGCAGUGUUACACGGCCCAAUGUAAGUGUCGCGUGCAUCGAUUAGACAUAAUGAUCCACAGAGGAACGAUCAAGAAAACAUCAAAACAAUACAAGAAGCAGCAGAAGCAAAGUUUGGUGAUGUUUGGUUAGUCCUGAAAGUACCUCAGUGAUGUCUGUUCCAGACGAGCAAAAUCAAAGAUAAUCAAUGCAAAACAUCACGAAAGUGAAAGUAUUAAUAAGACUGAGAGCUGUUUUGGUUCGUGCACCAAAGAUCUACAUUCCUGACAAAUAAAUCUGACUGGUGGUCUUAGACACAAACUCAGCAAACUCAUAGCAGUUCUGGGUUGAAUGGGUUUAACUUUAUUCUGACGGUGUAGUUGCAUGUGUUUGUACAUUUUCAGAAUUUUUUUUUUUUAUUUCAAAAAUCUUUUCAUCUAUUUUGAAUGCAAACCAGUUUGGUUGUACUUUGCUCAUAUAAAUGGAUUCCCAGUGUCUCCUCUGUCAGGGCAGUGAUGUGGACCUUUUAAAGGGUGAAAACAAAAAAAAUAAAAAAUGUAGAUCGCCCUCAAAACAAACACGGUGCCAACAGACAUCACGUGUUCUCUGAGAAGUUCUGGAACAUCUCUGUGUGGAUCAGAUGUAGCGUGAACACAGCGCCAGCGCUCCCGUGUCCCAGGUCAAUGAUGGCAUUAAACUCGCCUCUUUCAAGGCGGGAGCUUUACUUUUGUGCUCUUUGUGUUUUUCUUGUGUGGAAGGAGAGAGGAAGAAGAAAGUCAUCGUGGUUCAGAAGCUUGUUACUGCUUCAUUUCCCAGCUUCAUCCAACGUCACACAACUUUUCUUUGUUUUUCUUCAUUUCUAACAUUUAAAAAGCUGUUCUUUGCAUUUGUAGUAACUCAAUCGCUGCGCUCCGCUCUCUCAAAACAAGACUUUCAGGGUCAAAAGAUUUUGUUUUCUGAGGGAAUAUUGUCUCCACAAUAUGGUGGAAAUGUUCAGGGAGAGUGGAGGUGCAAGUGUGGAGCAGUUUCACAGGACUUUCUUAUUUGAGGGCAGUAAAGUGGAGCAUUUCAGAUGUUUUUUUGAUCUCUGCCAUGACAGUUGGCUUUGAUCCAUGUGUGAAACAUCAGGACCACAAAGAAAUGCUCCAAAGAAAAAAAGGUUUCACUCUUCAACUCAUCUACAGUAUGUGACUUUGUGCUCUUUGAAUUUUCAUAGGGGAAAAAAAAAACGCCAUCAAAGCACCCGAUGAUGAGCUCCUAGUUUCUUUUCUACCUUCUCUUGGCACUAGCAGACGGUUGAGAGCUUUCAGACGGGACUUCAGGACCGGUCCACGGAUGAGCCGUUUACCCUGCUGUGUUUUCACCCUGUAAAGUCAGAUGAGAGAUUAUUUUUGUACUCACUUUAACAAAUUCCCCAGAACGUCCUUUCCACUUGCUGUUGGUUAUUUGCCGUGUUGUUGUGCUCUGUUGCCAUUUCAACAAUAUUUUCUUCAUUGUCUGUUAAAAGGGAGUCAGAGGAAGGAGAAGCUCAGCUGCUAUCAAAUAUGUUUCUGUCUACUUGAGGGAAAAAAUAAAAUAACAGUAAUGCUGUCAAUGUAUUUCUUGAUGACAAGUUGCUUUUAAGCAGACCUAAGGUUGUGGUUAUCGACUAGGUGCACAUUCAGACACUAGAUGGCGCUGCAGAGAGACACAACUGGCAGGACUUAACUACAAAUGUUCAGAUUUGAAGGGAAAAACUCAGGUUAGGUUUCUGUAAAGCUGAAGAUUGAUUUUGCUGAUAAAGUCUUUGAAAAUGAUGAACUUAACCCCCAAAUGAAACUCAGAAAAGCUUUUUCCUUAGCUGAAUUUGAAAAAGUAAAUACAUCAGCUACAUAGUGAACAUCUAUUUCUAAUGUGAAAUGUUAUUAUCCUCUAAAUCUUUUUCUUUUUUUUUUAUUCUAUUAUAUGCUUUACAAUUUUCAUUUGAAGACCUGUUGCCAUCAGACUUAUUUUAUGAUCACUUGAUAGAGUUUUCAUGGCUCAGCUCGUGUAAAUCCCUUAAAUCAGACCAGUUUUUGUGAUUACAUUUCUCUGAGCAAAUCCCUGAGGGUGUGAUGAGACGCGAUCUCUCGUGGUUACCAAGGACACAAACGUUUCCUUCCACAUCUUUUCAAGCAGCAAGACUUUUUUUUUUAAUUUGAUUAAGAAAAAGAUAGAUUUUGGUUCAAAAAUCAUGUUCUUGUUACCUUUUGGCCUCAUACAUUUUCUUGACACCGCAUGAUGAAUGUACUUUUCUAUACGAGACGCCAUUGAAGCAAGCAAGAGUACAAUCAUAGCAAAAACAUUUCUCUCAAAGUCUCACCUGAUAAAAGCAUUUGAUAAAUGUGCGUAACUCAAUCCUCAGCCAUCACAAGGUCGACACGGAAGAGUUUCCUGGUUGCAUUUAAAAAAGUCACGAUUCUCUCCCAGAAGCUGUUUUUGACCGGCAGCUGAAAUCGUGGGAUAUUUCAGGUCCAAAUGUCAGAAUAUUUGCAGCUGAGAUUGGGCUUACAGUGCUUGCUUUGGUGAUAUUUUCUAGUCCAGAGGAAAGAAGCGAGCCCUGAAAGAACCGCUCUCCAAGCUCUGCAUCCAAAUGACAUGACGCAGGUGUCUUUUUAAACUGAUGUGAAGCAGGUGUGUGUGAGUUUGGGCUUGUACAGUGUGUGACAUCUCUUGGCGUAUGUCGUAAAUCCUGUGCUUUUGAAAGCAGUUUCAUACAUGUGUGAAUGUUGGUGUUGAAUUCAAACACAAUUAUAAGCCUGAGGGUUUUGGUGUCAGUCGUCGCUGCGUGGAGCUGAUCUGUAUGAUAUGAUGUAAAUAUAGACGUUUUAUAGUAGCCUAUCAUUGAAUAUUCCUUUUGU